GAGGAUGGGGGCGGCGGGUUCCCUGCGGGAGAGAGCGGCCCGGAGCCUUGGUGGGGAUUUUACAGCUCCGCCAGGGCCCUUCCCCCGGCCGGGGCUGCGAGGAGCGCCGAGGGUGUCACUGACAGGGGGAUCCGGGAUCCAGCCGUGUCCAGGCGGAUUUUGAUGUUGAUCACUUUGUGUCAGACUGCAGGAAACGUGUGCAGUUGGAAGAGCUCAGAGAGGAUCUGGAGCUCUAUUACAAACUCCUUAAAACUGCUAUGGUGGAACUCAUAAAUAAGGACUAUGCAGAUUUUGUUAAUCUCUCAACAAAUCUCGUUGGCAUGGACAAGGCUCUCAAUCAGCUUUCAGUACCCUUGGGACAGUUAAGGGAAGAAGUUAUGAGUCUUAAGUCAUGUGUCAGUGAAGGAAUUCAAGCAGUAGAUGACCGCAUGACUAAACAAGAAGACAUUAGAAGAAAAAAGAUGUGUGUCCUGAGACUUAUUCAUGUUAUUCAGUCUGUGGAGAAAAUUGAGAAGAUUCUACAUUCCCAAGGCACUAAAGAAUUGUCCUCAUUGGAGGGAAGCAGUCCGCUUCUAACUGGACAAGUUUUAGAGAGAAUUGCCACAGAAUUUAAUCAACUACAAUUUCAUGCAGUACAAAGCAAAGGAAUGCCUCUUUUAGACAAAGUGAGACCACGCAUAGCUGGAAUAACAGCCAUGUUGCAGCAGUCUCUGGAAGGGCUGCUCUUGGAAGGUCUUCAAACGUCAAAUGUUGACAUAAUACGCCACUGUCUACGCACUUAUGCAACAAUUGACAAAACACGAGAUGCAGAGGCAUUAGUUGGCCAAGUGCUUGUAAAACCUUAUGUAGAUGAGGUGAUGGUGGAGCAGUAUGUGCAAUCCCACCCUAACGGCCUCCAGGCUAUGUACAAUAGGCUGUUGGAGUUUGUUCCUCAUCAUUGCCGCCUCCUGCGGGAAGUAACAGGGGGAGCAAUUUCCAGUGAAAAGGCAGAUAUUGUUCCUGGAUAUGAUUUCUUAGUGAACUCGGUGUGGCCAGAAAUAGUGCGUGGCUUGGAAGAGAAAUUACCAUCACUUUUUAACCCUGGAAACCCAGAUGUGUUUCAUGAGAAAUACACCACCAGUAUGGAUUUCGUACGGAAAUUUGAACGGCAGUGUGGCUCCCAGGCCAGCGUGAAGCGGUUAAGAGCUCAUCCCUCUUACCAUAGCUUUAACAACAAAUGGAAUUUGCCUGUAUAUUUUCAAAUCAGAUUCAGAGAAAUAGCAGGAGCCUUAGAAGAAGCACUUUCAGAUACACUAGAGGAAGCACCAGCUGGGAGCUCCUUCUGUCUCUUGGCCACCCACAUGGUGUGGACGAGUCUUGUGAAGUGCUGGUCAGAUCAGAUGUUUGUGCCGCUGUUAGCGCACCGCCUGUGGAAACUCAGCCUGCAGAUCUUGGCACGCUACUCCGUGUUCAUCAGCGAGGUUUCUGUAAGGCCUAUUUCUAGUGAAAAUACAAAGGAAAGCAAAAAACCUGUGCCAGUUGGUAGAAAGGAAUCUUCUUUAAGCCUCAACCCCAGUGAAGACCAAGGAAAUGGCUCUUCUCCAGAAAGUCUGCCAUUGUCUUCUAUAUCUAGUACUCAGCUGAUAUAUGUUGCUGCAGAUCUGGACAAACUGCAGGAUCGGAUUCCUGACAUCUUAGACAUGAUUAAACCAAAGCUUGAAAUGAUUGGCUUCAAGAAUAUAUCUUGCAUUGCAGGAGCCUUGGAAGAUUCAAAGACUUCUCUAUCAGCCUGUGUGCCUACCUUGAAUAACAGGAUCAUCCAGGAUCUCAGUGAGUCCUCCUUUGCAUACCUGAAGAGUGCACUGGAAGUUCCAAGAUUAUAUAGGAGAACCAACAAGGAGGUGCCAACUAAAGCUUCACCUUAUGUUGACAGUGCUCUUAAGCCCUUCUACCGACUGCAGAAUGACUACAGAGAUACCUUGAAGCAGCCCAUGAUUCAUCAGUGGUUGGAAGGUGCUCUCUCUGAAAGCACACAGAAGUAUUACGAAACUGUAUCUGAUGUGCUCAGUUCCGUUAAGAAAAUGGAAGAGAGUCUAAAAAGGUUGAAGCAAGCAAGAAGAACUGCAACUUCAAACCCUGUUGGUACAAAUGGGGGCAUGAGUGAUGAUAACAAAAUCCGACUCCAGCUGGCCUUAGACAUUGAGUAUUUUGGAGAACAAAUGCGAAAGAUGGGACUGGAAACAAGCAGCAUAAAAAGCUUUUCAGCCCUUGCAGAGCUGGUUCUAACUGCCAAAGAUCAGGCUACAAUGGAACCAUCCUAGAUAUUUUUGACAGCAUGUGAUUGAAGAUAAACAAUGUCCCUAAAAGAGAGAGAACUCUGCUUUGUUUUACCAAAUAAAUAGCAAUUAAGUGCUUCCUAAAGUAUCUCAAGCAGCAAAUCAGUGUAUCUUAUGCCUUGAUGAACUUGCUUCACCAAAAGACUGAGACUUUAUCAGUUAUCCAUUAUAUGGAAAGCAAUCAAAGUUCUAAACUUUCUGCUAUUGAAUAAAAGUAGAAGAAAAUGUUUUUCUUAUUUUUGUUGUACAACUUGAAAUGUACAAGAACAAAGUUCUGUUUUGAAAAUAAUAUGUAAUAAAUUGUCUUCCUAACA